UUGGCUUCCCCUGUUAAUAAAAGAACUAAUGGCUUCGGCGUGUCGUGUUUCUUCUGUAACUUCCGGUUUAAAUCUCGCGAGAACUGGCUUUUAUUUGAAAAAUGUUCAUUGGCUGAAACAUAAUCACGUGGAUAACGGUCCCGCCAAAAAUAAAGCGUGGGUAUUUUAAGGAAGCAGUUUGUAAUUAGUAUAAACAGACGUAAUUAUACCAUCUAAUCUCCCUAUGGUAGCGAUUUGAAGUCAUUCAGUAGUCGUAACAACAUCAACAUGGAUCAAUGUAGAGGUCGACUGUUUUCUGAUGGUGAAAUUGAGCGAAGAGUUGACAGUGUACCUAUUGUAAAUUUCGACAUUUGCGACGGAGAGGAAGACACGAUGGAUUCACCGCAAGACGCUUCAAUGGAGUCGUUAUUCAGUCCAAGUAGCAGUGAUAAUGACGCCUCUAGCUUUUGGGAGCGUGAGUUUGCCAGUCCGACACCAGUUUCCAGCCCAUGUCGAUUACGACCUGCAAGGACAAGGCUACGAUCCCCAUUGCCAGCUUUUGAUUUGGAUAUUGUUGACGAGGAUUUUUUAGAUUCGGGAGCAAACCAAAAUGACAAUUUUAAAAUCCCAUCUAGAACCAGUUCUCGUGCCGAUACACCACCCCACAAAAGACUGAAAGCUCUAAGAUUAUUUGACACUCCACAUACGCCAAAAAGUUUGUUGGAAAAGGCCCAAAGAAGAACUUUGAGGACCAACAAGACAAAAUUAUUUGGAGGAAAGCUUACUUCCAGCAGCAGGACAGAGCAAAGAAAAAAUGACCAGGAAAAAAUUCUUGCUAACGUUAACCCCUUUACACCAAACAAUAAUUCUAAACCCAUCAAAAGGACAAGGAAUGAUGAUUACAGAAGUAUCCUGGAUGACUCUGAUGAUGAAGCAGUGGAUGACUCACCCAUAAACAAGAAACUAGCUCUUAGGGAGAUCAAUACAUCUCGAUACAAAGAAGAAUUUCUUGAAGUUUGCAAACUUGGAAAUGGAGAGUUUGGCAGUGUGUUCAAGUGUGUUAAUAGACUGGAUGGCUGUACAUAUGCAGUUAAAAAAUCCAAGGCCCCAGUGGCAGGGAGUGCUUAUGAGCGAAGUGCUAUGAAUGAAGUAUAUGCCCAUGCAGUUCUAGGGAAGCACCCACAUGUCGUAAGAUAUUAUUCAGCUUGGGCAGAGGAUGGUUGCAUGUACAUACAAAAUGAAUAUUGCAAUGGUGGUAGUUUAAGUAGUUUCAUACAAGACAACAUGAAACUGGAGCGACUUUUCACAGAAUCAGAACUCACAGAGAUUUUGCACCAGCUGGUCAUGGGGCUGAAGUAUAUACACUCACAAAACUUAGUGCAUCUAGAUAUUAAGCCAGAUAACAUUUUUAUCCAUCGAGACCCAAAGCUUUUGAAUUCCCCAGAAAGUGGGCUUGAAAUGGACAUUUGUGAAGAAGAAGAAUGUUAUACAGAACCAGUGACAUAUAAGAUUGGUGACCUGGGACACGUGACAUCUGUGACCAAUUCUUGUGUAGAGGAGGGGGAUUGUAGAUAUUUGCCAAAUGAAAUUUUACAAGAAGACUAUACACACCUUACCAAAGCAGACAUCUUUUCUUUAGCUUUGACAAUUUACAUAGCAGGUGGUGGUAGACCUUUGCCUAAGAAUGGUGAACAGUGGCAUGCUAUAAGGAGAGGAGAAUUGCCGUAUCUGCCACAUUAUUCACAUGAAUUUAACCAAUUGCUGAGGACGAUGAUCCAUCCUGAUCCUUUGAUCAGGCCAUCAGCAACAAGUCUUACCCAGCAUCCAGUGUUGUGUCCCUUUGGCAAGAAGUCUAAAGCACAGUUGAGGAAGGAACUGAAUGAAGAAAAGUUCAAAAAUGAAAUACUUGCAAGACAAUUGCGUGAAGCAAAGGACAGAGGGACAGCCACUCAGAAGCCUGCUAAGUCGUCCAGGCUUGUUGGACGCAAAGUAAACAGAAGCAUGAGUUUAACAGUAUUUUAAAAGAUUUUAAGUGUUUGUUACUCUUCGUGCAGUGCUGAAUGUCAAGUAAAUUCUGAAUGUGUGCACGCUUACAAGGUUGCCUGUGACUGUGAUUUGAUUUAACCUACAGAUGAGUUUUUCAUAUAACAAUCCAGUAAAUAUUUACAUUGCUUUAUUUUUAUACUUGUCAACUUCUGGAUUGCAUAUUUUCUGUAUGAAAAUGUAACUGAUUGAAUUGAUUUUAAAGCAAAAGGUGCUGGGGUAAUGGUUGUUAAAUUGGGUGGUUUGGUAAGCCUGUAUUCACUUUUGGGUUAAUUUUUAUUUUAAAUAUAUUUUAAUCAUAUUAAAUGCAAAAUCAUAUAUGUAACAUUUCAAAUUAAUGAAACUUAAGCAUCUUCAGAAUUUAUGUUAAAAGUAUGAUACAUUUAAGUAUAAAAGCUAUUGAUUGUUAAAAUUGCUUGCCACAUUGAGUCAUUAAAAUGUGACAAUUUUAGCUCUGUUGCAGGUUUCUGUACAUUUUACGUAGAAUUAAUAUACUUAUUAAACAUUGGUUGAAAAUACCUUAAGCACAUAAUAAUGUUAAGAAAAAAAUUAACAAAGUCUGUUGCCUCGCAUUAAGAUAAUAUUUUGAGCAAGUG